GGCAGGACGACCUCAGUCGAUUUCCGGUCGUCUCCCUUGUUCGACGUGUUGUGAUCUCGUGCGAGUUCUGUUUGUAGUCACGUUGUAGUUAAUUUACGGAUCGCGAGUGGACAAUCGGACAAAAAGUUGAACAAAACGUGCGCGGAUCAGGCGCUCAUCCAUCGCGGAGCGUGUAAAUUUUAAUACGUGCGAGAGAUCUUGGCACUUAUAUAUCUAGAAUAAGGGAGUAAAAGAGAGGGAGAGAAAGAGCGAGAGAAAGAGAGAGAGAAAGAGAAAGAAAGAGCGAGAACGCAAGACCGCAAAAAUGUCAGAGAUUGACGCAAAAGUGAAUAUGUCGCUCGAUGAAAUCAUAAAAAUGGAGAAAAAGGAGAAAAAGAAAAAGAAUGUGGCGGCGAAUGGCAAAACCGGCGGUCCCAAGCGCAAUCGCGGUGCUGUAAGAAGCCGAACUGGAUUUAGAGGAAGAGGUACAAGAAUCAAACGGGGCAAUGUCGGAGUCAUCGUGAAGAAACAGCAGCAGCAACAGACUUGGCAACGCAAUGCGAAUAACACAAAUAAUGUUCGCGGUUUCGCUAAGAAUCGCUUUAAGAAGAAUGUCGGCAAUCUCGUGAGAUCGCGCAGCAAUUUGAGUUUGAAUCAGAAAACAAACGCGAGAGGUGCGUUCAACGUGCGUCGUGGCAGAGGCAAUAGAUUCUCCGGUUUGACUCGUAGCAGAAGUCGCACCAACUUGACGUUCAAUCAGGGUGGCUUCUUCACAAAUAACAAGAGCCCAUUAAAGAGAACGAAUAGCUUGCCCAAUCUGCGAGAUCCGAAUUCUGUCCACAAUCGCUUAGGAUAUCAAAGUCCUGCUCAGAUCGCUUAUCGAAAUCGUGUGAAACGUGCAAAGCAGCUGCUUCUACAGAGACAGAAUCAGAGGUUAAACUUACAGAAUCAAUUCAGACUGGCACAGUCUGGACAAAAGCCUCUACUCUCUAUGCAGCCAAGAACUUUGGGAAGACAACAAAUAUUAACGUCGCAGCGUCGCUUUACAACCGGUGGAUUGCGAUCCGAUCAAAUCGCUCGUGCGCAAAGGCGGGCACAAUACGAACAAAAAUUGAUGAGAAUGAACUCUGCCCGACUGACUCCUACUCCAAAUGUUAACUUCAUGUGCACACUGGGAAGUGAGUACACACCUACCACCACACGUCAGCGACCACUCACUCUCACCCAAAGUCGACACACUGCGGCCAUGAGUAAUAUGCGACAAUUGCCUAGAGGACGAUCGCCAUAUAGACAAAGCGCACCGGGUGUAAAUAUGAUUGGUCGAGCACCGUUAUUCGGAGCACAAUUCGGCCGACAACGCUCGAGAUCGAGAUCACGAUCACGUUCGGGCACACACAACACGAAUACAUCCGAUUCCAGUGGAGACGUUGAUGAUCGCAGUUUCAGCGAAGUUAUGUACAGCCUAUCAGGAAAUCUCGGCGUUACAGGGCGAACCCUUAAUGAUCGGUUUAGUUUUUAAUUAGUAUAGUCUCGAGAAAACUUUAUUUUAUAUUCAAAAACUUAUUGAUAAUCUAUUAAUGAUAAUUUACUGGUAAUAUCAGAGAAAUAAAGGGAGAACUUUUUUGUUUUUAACAACCUAGAUAAAAUGUGGUUUUUUUCUAUGUAAACAUUAAUGACAAUGCAAUGCGCCCAAUGCAUUAAUUAAAAAAUAUACAUAAUAUCAUAAAAUUAAAAAAUAUACAAUAUCUCAAAUAUUUUAAUGUAAAAGUUGAUUUAAAGUAUCGCUUUUUAACAUUGCACUGUUAUGUGUGUACAAACUAUUUGUAGGAAAUAUCAUGAAAGGUAGCACUUUUAUCCAAAAUGUAUGAUAAUCAUACAUAUGGAGAUAGUGAUUGAUGAGAAGCGAUUUUCAUCUAUCAGAAUUAAAGAAAUCUUGAUUUUUUUAUUUGUGUGCAACACCUUUGUAAAAUCUUUAGUAUUUUUUAUUACACGAAAAAGAAAGAAAUAUGGUUAAAUAUAACAACAUAUAGAAUGAUUUAUUGAGGAAGUUUCGAUAUUUAGAAUGAAAGUAAAUCUCUCUUAAAUGUAUAUUACAUUUGAAUGUAUGAAAUAGAUUGCUAAUCUAAUAUCUUUUGAAUGUAUUUUCUUUUUGCUUUAAGAAAUAUACAAAUCUUGACUAUA